AGGAUAUUCAAAAAUCUGUUCAAAUGGCAAUCCAAAAACCUAUUCAAAAGAAUAGAGACUAUAUUAGCCAGGAGGAGGCAGACAAAUGGAAAGAACUUGGUCUAGGUGAAUGUCUUAAAACAAAAGACUUGGAUGACUAUAUGACUCUCUGUCAUGAUCUUGAACAAUACAAUCUAGAAGUAGUUAAACUACCAACAAAAGAGGAAUUAAAAGAAGAAUAUGAAAAAAGAAAAUUAGAAGAGAUUAAGAAGAGGCAAGAAAGACCGGAAAAAGAUCUAGAGUUUAGAGAGCAAGAAGAGUUGGGAAUGGUAGUUAAAAGAAGAGCUAUAGCUGUAUAUUGUGCAAAACAGUUUAGAGAAAUACUUGAAAAGGAAUUCGAUAAGUGUAAACAAUUUAAGUUUGCUCUAUGUUCUCUUACCAAAUUUCUUAUAGAUGAUAAACCUGAAAAUGAAAAACAGAGAAAAAAGAAUUCACGAACUGACUGGCUUAGAAAUAUGCAAAUUAUAGUUUAUAAUAAAAAUGAAAUAGAUGAUUACUUAAGCAGUGCUUUCGAACAGAUCCUAUACCAAGUAGAGGAGAGAGGAG